AUGACAUCAGAAAUCACAGAGAACAUCAAUACAAUGAUUGUACGUGGUAGGUUUGUGUUUUUCAUGAUUUUUCUUGGCUCUGUGACGUUAUCAUCCAGCGUCAAUGGAGGGGGAACGCCCGACUACAGUAAAGCUGCAGAAAAGUUGAGGACCAUGGCAAACAGUGACUAUAUAAGAAUGACAAAAAAUAAUUUAAUCACCGAGUUGUUUGAUAGUUUUCUUGGAGCAUCCCAGCCAUACCUCGACAUAUUCAAGGACGUUUUAUAUAGGACAGAUGAUGAAGUACCUAGAGAAGACUUUAACAUUUCCGAAUCCUGUUUGAAUGAUGCCAAGCAAGUGAUUCUAGGAUUAGAAAGGAAGAGUCAUUGGGCCUUACAAAUGCUGGAUGCCAUGGCAAAGCCCCCAAGCGACAUCUUGAGCGGUAACAUAUUUUGGACCGGAGGUUAUGAGGAAUGUCUUUCCGUAGAAGGUACUGUUUAUGUCGAUAUGAUCACCAACACCGGGCCACAGUACCAGAUAAAAGCCAAACAAUGCCUCGGGCAAUUACAGCUGGGCAAAAUGGGACUGUACCUCGGAUUUUGUGUACCAAGCAGAUGUAGCUCAGAAGAAGCUAAUAAGCUCGUGAACUCUGCGUUUUCCGUGUUCUCUAACACAUCCCGGAUAAUUGGAAUGACUUGCCCCGAAGUGGAAACAACCUAUGACACUAAAGCCAUUGUCAGUUUAGUGAUUUGCAGUAUUAUUGGUCUGAUGAUGGUAAUUGGUACCGGAUAUGACGUAAUAGUUGUCAGAAAUGAAAACAGAAAAGAAAAGAAAAGCAUCAAUCCCGAGAAUCAGACGACGGCUGACCGAUAUGAGUCAGGGGCUUCUCUCAACGAAAGCACAACACUUCUGAUGAAAACAAAGCCAGCUGUAGAGAAGAAUGCUGAGGGAAUAUUUGUGAAAAUCAUUCUGGCCUUCUCUGUGGUGUCGAAUGGCGAGAGGAUUCUGAGUACAGCCCAAGGCGAGGGUAGUCUUACAGCUCUCAAUGGAAUGAGGUUCCUCAGUAUAACAUGGGUCAUAAUGGGCCACUGUUUUAUGCAAGAUUUGACGUCUGCAAGAAUAAAUUCACUGCCGUUUUUACAGACGGUAAUGAAUAGAUGGACAUAUCAAACUAUACUAAAUGCCCUUGUGUCCGUUGAUACAUUUUUUACCAUGAGUGGUCUUCUGCUAGCCUACAUGUUAAUGAAAGAAGUGAAGAAAAACGGGAACAUCAAUUGGUCAUUGUUCUACUUUCAUAGAUUCUGGAGAUUAACACCAAUGUACAUGCUGGUUAUGAUGAUUGACUCCACACUAACUAAAUACAUGGGUGGUAACGGUGGUCCAUUGUGGCCCCGAGAGGGAAUCGACACCAACUGUGCUGACACCUGGUGGCAAAAUCUGCUGUAUAUCAACAACUUUUUUAAAUUUGAAAAAAUGUGUAUGGCAUGGUCGUGGUAUCUGUCGAAUGACAUGCAGUUUUUUGUUAUCAGUCCAUUGCUGUUGGUGCCACUAUACCGUAAGAAAUUUGUUGGCCUAGUGACAUGUGGCGUAGUGUUGUUUGCUUCGUUAUUGACAACGGGAUUACUGAGUUCUCAUCACCAAUGGGUAAUUUCAGCGAUAAUACCAACAACAACGCCAGAGAGUUCGUCAACAGGCCAAAACCAGUACAACUCCCUUGGCACUGCAAUGCUUCAUCCUCCUCCUAAAGAAUGUAUAGGAUUUGUGAAUACACUAUUGUCUUGGAAGGCGUUUGUGCCCCUCAGUCGUCUAUCGUACGCGGCGUACCUGAUCCAUCUAAUCUUCAUCACCGUCAUUGAAAGUGUAAACCAAUAUCCAACGUAUAUAUCAGUCAUUAAUCAGGUUGUUUUCUUCCUCGGCAUUGUCGUGAUCACAUUCAUGUGCUCCUUCGUGACGUCACUUGCGUUUGAGUCUCCAAUGAUGGCGUUGGAAAAAGUGAUACUUCCCCGAAAGAAACGCAACUAA